GCAGUGAUGCAGGUAGCUAGCUGUAUAUAAGAAGACUUCUUAGAUCUUGUAACGAUGAAAGCCAUAAUGCGGUCGGUGGGCAUCUGGCGAACUGCUUAGUACGUUAGAACGUCUCCGUUAUAGUUCAAAAUUAUGAAACUGUAACGGCAAAUGUACUAUUAGGUAGCUAAUGCUAAUUCAUUUUUGAGAGUGAACAUCGAUAGCUUGGUUGACGUGAGCUAACUAUUUAAGCUAGCUGUAGUUAGCUUAUGGGUCUGUAGAUUUUGCCUCCGUGGUAAGGGACCAGAUAGUUAUUGCUCAGUGGGCGUGAAUUUCUAACUUUACACAUUAAGGAUUCUCGAUAUAUCAUCAAGCGGAACCUAUUCUAUUCUAUUCUAUUCUGUUUGACAAACCGAACGAUUCCUGGUCAUCGUUUGUUUAUCUCUGGUUGUCCACGUAUAUCAGUAGCUAAACGCCUCAUUAAUAGGGAACAUAGUGAAACGUGAUUAGUGUCGAUUUUGUUUGGUGCACAGUUAGCAACCAAGGUAAAUUCUGCAGAUGCUGAGCCAGUGCUUUUGGACAGACACAGAGGAAGACCUGCCUAACUCUGAAAAUUUCCUAACAAUAUUUUUUGUGAAAUUUAGCCGCAUUUAGUUAGCCCAGGGUGGCAUACCUAAACGACUACUUGACUUAGGACCAAGUCCUGUGGUAACACAAUUACCAACUGUAACUUAGCAAGGAAACUCAGCAGUUAAAUCAUGGACGAUUUCAGCUCGAUUAGCCUGCUUUCUCUGGCUAUGCUAGUGGGAUGCUACAUUGCUGGAACAAUUCCACUAGCUGUAAACUUCUCAGAGGAGAAGCUGAAAUUGGUGACGGUGUUGGGAGCGGGUCUGUUGUGUGGGACUGCAUUGGCUGUCAUUAUUCCAGAGGGUGUCCAUGCACUCUAUGAUGAAGUGCUGGAGGGUGGACACCAUGCCCAUCGCCUCUCUGAGGGAGCUGUAUCAGAGCAAAAAGUGGCAGAGGGAGUGGCUGGCCCCAGUGGAGAACAUGUCCACAGUCAUGAGCAGCUUCAUGCCUACAUCGGUGUCUCCCUGGUAUUAGGUUUUGUCUUCAUGCUGCUAGUGGACCAGAUUGGCAGUUCCCACAUGCACAACAGCGACGAUCCAGAGGCGGCGAGGGCUGCCAGCUCAAAAGUCACCACCACGCUCGGUCUGGUCGUCCAUGCCGCAGCUGAUGGUGUGGCACUUGGGGCAGCAGCAUCUACCUCUCAGACCAGCGUCCAGCUCAUUGUUUUUGUCGCUAUUAUGCUUCACAAGGCUCCCGCUGCCUUUGGAUUGGUGUCUUUCCUCAUGCAUGCUGGGUUGGAGAGGAAUCGCAUUCGAAAACACCUGCUGGUCUUUGCCUUGGCUGCUCCAGUCCUAGCUAUGCUAACAUUCUUAGGCCUCAGUCAGAGCAGUAAAGAGGCCCUUUCAGACGUCAAUGCCACAGGAGUGGCCAUGCUCUUCUCCGCUGGUACCUUCCUCUAUGUGGCCACCGUGCACGUCCUGCCUGAGGUAGGAGGCACAGGUCACAGUCACUCAGCGGGAGGAGGUGGAGGGAAAGGACUGAGCAGGCUGGAGGUUGGAAGUCUUGUGCUAGGCUGCCUCAUCCCACUGGUGCUGUCCAUCGGCCAUCACCACUAGACGUCUCAAAGGCAUUCAGAGCAAGCGCAUAGAACCAUUUUGGAGAGGAGCAGUUUAUCGCACCGAUGGCUAAACACACACCUCAGUUGUCGUAGGUUUGAAUCAGGUCUAAAUUGUUUGUAUGUUUAGGGGGUCUGGGACAGGGUUGGAGCUGAACUGACUAAUGAAGUAACAUGGAAUGGAUCGAUUUAGAGAGGUAAGGGGCGGGGACUCUUGCAUUGUCUCCACCCCCUUCCCCACAGCAUCGGCCUGCCUUUCCUUGGAAUGAGGACAUGGUUCAUGAAUGAGUGAAUGCUACAGUCUGUUCUUUUCAUUUUUUUUUCUUCUUUUUUUUAUUUAAUUUCUUUUUUUUUUUUUUUUUGGCACAGGAUUCGUGCCUUCACUCAUGUGAGG